AUGCACCUCAGUUUCGUUGAACUCAAUCUCGAAAUUAUACAUCGUAUCUGCGAGGAAUUGGUCAUCAACGAUGUCCUCUCCCUCCGUCAGACUUGUCGUUCCAUGAACUCCGCCACAAGAUCGAGAAUCGUUUGGAUUCGCCGGUUGGAGAUUCUAGAAGCACAAUGGGCACUCUUGCCUUCAUAUGCUCAAGGCUAUCGACUCCUCAGGUCUGACGUCCUUGAAGCCUUAGUUUUCCGGCUGACUUCGGUCGCGAACAAGUGGGCUCGCCACGAUAUGACUCCAAUCAAGUCCGUCUCUCUGGUCGUCCCACACUCAAUAACAUGGCUGCGCAUCGUCGAUGGCCGAUAUGUAUUUGUGGCGUAUUCUGACCAAAAGGUCAGCGUUCUCGCGUGCUGGGAUUUCUGGUGGCUGCAAUGUGGUGAUAUCAACCCAAUCGCUCUUGCCUUUCUGCCGGGUUGUGUUGAUACUGCACAAGUGGAGAUGCAAGAGAAUGGCGUUGUUCUAGCACUGGGACUUGAUGGCGAGAACCCCAGUGUGCUCGUAACCACACUUCAGGAACAAGAAAAUAAUACGUUUGCGUUCUAUGAGCUGGCGCGAAUCGAAAAGUCGUCACAUAUCCUGAUGUUAAAGGGCUCGUUCCUCGGCUGCGCUAUUCGUGAUGGUGCCAACCUCCCUCAUCUGGUCAAUUGGAAAGACAGUGCUAUUCGUGAGGUCCCGGAGCCCCCGGGUGGGCUCUCUAACCUGGUCAGAGCGAGUGUCCCACAUCUAAUUGCGCUAUCUGGCGAGGCUCUCGUCAUUGUCCGCUCGAUCGGCGUCGAAAUCUAUCACUGUCCGACAAACGGCCCCAUCGUCUUCGUUCGCCAUAUCACGGGUUCUACUAUCUGGGAAGCUGUUGCUACUCCCAUUACCCGUUUGCAAGCCACACAGCUGACAUUCAUCACCCGUGUUGGUAUAGAAACUUUGACUAUCGACGAUCGAGCGUUGGACACUGGCACUAGCACGCAAACACCGAGUCUGGUUUGUGUUGCGCGAGCACCUUUGUGUCCUUGUCUCGAUCCCAUGUCUUCAUGUUGCUCCAUCUACCAUGCUGCUCCAUGGUACGGACUGUGUGUGGGUGACUCUGGCCGUCGAUGCAUGUGGAUAUCGACGGCCAGAGUUUCCGGAAAGGACUACUCACCGCCAUGCUUCGUGUCUGCCCGGUUACCUUCACCUUUAGGAGAACCAUCAGAUCAUGCCGAAGUCAUCUCGUGGCCUAUGAAUCCAAAGAACGGAUUAGCGCUCUGGGCGCUGCCCCGGUUCGAUUUCAAUGAAGCUUUCGGCAUAACAGUCGUCGGGAACUGUUUCGGGGAACUGGAGUUCUAUGACUUGGACGAGCAUCUACUGCCAUGCCUAUGGCUGUCUCGACACCCCUUCUGGAGAUCUGAACAUCAAUUAACGAAGGUGUUGUCGUCAUCACCCCUAACUCUCGAUGUCCUUCCUCAACCAGUCGCCUCUUCGCCUGAAUCGCUACCUGAUUGCACGGCCCACUGGUCGCAAGACCCUGUUGUCAAAACCCUCCCUUGGGAAGGGGAUUGGACGAAUUAUAAAAGCGCACAUCUCUGGCAAGGUAUGCCCUGCGACUACGCGUGGAUUUUCAGGGAGGCGUUCGGAUUUCCGGGCCGAGUCAUUCCGCAACUCUAUGGCCAGCGCUGCCCUGACGAACCUGAACAAACGCUCUUCUUCCGUGUUGGCAAUCGUUACUUUGUACUCAGGGAAGACGAGGAAAACGAGUUUCGCUUUUGGCCACUAGUAGCAAAUGCACCACAAGAAGUGGAGGAAGAGGGGGACACGAUUUCCAGCUGGGGGCCCAGCUCAAAACUGAGCACAACACGUCGUACGGCGUUUACCUUACGCCAGGCCUACAUAGCUGGCCUGUACCAAGAGGUGUUUCUCGACCCUUGUACUCGAAAUCGCUGGCUGGAAAUGAAGGAACGAGGGGGGUAUGUAGAGUGGCAGAAUCUCAGCUACCAGGCAGUUGGCUCUUAUUUUGAUUAA